AUGUCAGAGGACCUGGCAGCUGAGAGCUGGGGCUCCACACAGAUCACCAUUAAGACAUUUUCCUACAAGUGGACCAUCAGCAACUUCCAUUUUUCUCUGGAGGGAUUGAGUGAUGCCAUUAGUAGUCCAAUUUUCUCAUCAGAAGACAAUGGCCAAACAAAAUGGUGUUUGAAACUACACCAGAACGGGUUUGAUGAAGAAAGCAGAGAUUACCUUUCAGUUUACCUGGCAUUGCUCAGCUGUCCAAAGAGCCCCAUUUGGGCAAAGUUCCAGUUUUGGAUCUUAGAUGCCAAUGGAGAGAAAAGAAAUAAUGUGGAGAGCCAAGGUGUCAAUAGUUUCCUGCCAUACCAACACAGGGGAUUCAAACAGUUUAUCCAUAGAGGUUUCCUCCUGUCCCAGGCCCAAUGGCUACUACCUGAAGGCAGGCUCACUCUCUUCUGCAAGGUGAGUAUGGGACAAGAUGUCCUCAGCCUGUCUCGACAGACAUCCCCAAUCAAGGUUCCAAGCUGCAAUUUGACAAAUGAGGUAGGAGAGCUGUGGGAAAAUUCCCUCUUCACAGACUGCUGCCUCUUCGUAUCUGGUCAGGAAUUCAGGGCUCACAAGGCCAUCUUAGCAGCUCGCUCUCCAGUUUUCAGGGCCAUGUUUCAACAUGAC